AUGCGACGGAGUCGGGUUCCGGGGACCAAGCUGGAUGACGAGGGAGAGGGAGAGAAAUGGAAGGGAAGGAAACCUGAGAGAAUGGAGCCCGAAAGCAAGGGCCUUUCAGCCCCCGCGGUGGCUGUGCAAGAAAAUCAAGAGCCCCAUCCCAUCCAUGCCCCAGCCCCCCAGUGCCCUUUGCUGGGAGUUCUCGGCCAGGGAACAUCAGGUCCCGGUUCCAAUUUUCACCUCGUAAACCGACGUGGCUUUGCAACCGCACUACCGACAGGCCAAGUCACCGAUACUUGUUUCUCUCGUUCCACUAUUGUCGCUCGCCCUGCUUACGGCUGCAGUCUCCAGGUGCCCUUCACUUGGUUCCUCCACGCACAUCGCCCCUCUCUCUUCUUUUCCCCCGCAGCAGGCAUACUGGGAGACUGCUACGCGGUUCAGCGGACAGUAAGAGUGCCCGUGGCUGAAUACCUGCCGAGAAACCUACCUGUGCCUACCUUACCUGACGGAGAGCUCUCCAAUUACUCCGUACAAACGCCUCGCAUCACGCUUGCUACACUACACGCGCAAACUCCGCACACCUGGCCGGGAGGUUUGGGAUCGACUCCCUCAAGCAUGAAGCUAAUGAUAACGGGAUCGAUCGUUUCUGCCGAUUUGCUCUUAGCAUCACUCGUUUUUCAAUUGUUGAGCCGCAAUGUGGUCGGUCGCCCCUCAACGCGCUGCAGAGAACCAACGGAGAGGGCAUGGCACCAGACGGACCGCACGACGGGUGGACGGGAGAGUGCAUGCACUCCAAUCAACACAUCGUUGCCAGGCACCCGCCAUGAUGCCUAUCUUCUUCCAACCCACCGGAGCCUCGCCUGGCUGUUUCGCUUACAAGUUCUAAGGGAUACGGCGGAAAAGGCGGCGUUCUCCUUUGUACCAUCGCCGGCUAUUCCUUCGGCGGUACAGAGAUCAUGGAACGAUCUCGAUAAUCACCUCUGCUCAGGAACCGGAAUCCCGCGGCCUUGGUUGCCAACUUUCUGCCCAGGCAAAACAACAAACAUACGGACAGGUAGGCAAGGAGCGAGUCAGUCAUCGGCCAAUGAAGGGAUAGAGACGACUCCGUCGCAAACCACCAACGGCGACGCCUUGGGUAUUACAUACUUCAGCUUUGGUCAGCUAUUAACCCGUGACGAAUCACCUCGGAGCCAGGUCCGUCCCUAUUCGGCCAUCAAUUCUCUAGCUCCCCAUACUAGUGCCUAUUUUGUAACCCCUGGAGCUCGCGAGGCACCUGAACUGGGAAUCAUUUGGGUGGCACUUCAUACAGGCUAUGCUACCCAAAUGUGGCUGAACCAUCCAAACAGACACAAAAUCGACAAAGCAGACAUGACCAACGAUGCCGCGGAGCAUUUCCUACGGCAACCAAAGUCGCAUCCAACGUUCCGCACCUUCGAUCCCACGAUCACUCACUGUCGAACCAUGAGAUCAUUGGCCUAA